GGAGAACAGCUGUUCUCAGCUUUUUCAGAGGACGCCACCUGCGUAAUUAUGAGUAAUUCUCCACGCACGAAGAUUGCGGAACAGCAUUGAACUGGCAGCCAAGAGUGCGUCCAAUCCGCGCGAGCAACAACCCAAGACAAUAGCCCAAGGACCCCGGGACAGCAGACAGUGGAACCCGGACAAGGAACUUCAGCAGGAGCAGGAGCAAGUGAAACCAUGUCGAAGGCUGUGAACAACAUGAGCAUGGGCGUCGUGGAGCCGCAGGAGCGGAUGAAGCACCUGUCGCACUGCGGCAACCUCAUCGAGGUGGACAAGAACAUGCCAGUCACACGGUACUAUCGCUCGGGCACCGAGAUGCUGCGCAUGGCCAAUGUUUACCUGCGGGAGGGCAACCACGAGAACGCCUUCAUCCUCUACUUGCGCUACAUGACCCUCUUCAUCGAGAAGAUCCGCCAGCACCCGGAUUACGGCAGUGUCAAGGCCGAGGUGCGGGAUAUCAACAGGAAGAUCAAGGACGAGAUCAUGCCCACAACGGAGAAGCUGCGGGCCAAGCUGCUAACCCACUACCAAAGGGAGUACGAGCAGUUCCUGGCCAGCAAGGAGGCGGAACGGGUCAAGGAACUGGAGCGCGAACGGGAGCGGGAAAGGGAACGCCAGCGGCAGAAGGAAAGGGAGAAGGCCGGCUCAAGUGGCAUCCCAUCCCUCAUCCCGGCCAACCUGCAUGUGCUCAUCGACGAGGGAAACCAGCCAUCGGCGCCAGAUUUGGGCUUGCUCGACCAGGUGGUCUACCCGAAUGACUUUCCCACAGGCGCCAAUCGCAGCCUGCCGGGAUCGGGACUCCUGCUGCCCGCCGCCAGCGAAGCAGCCGCCGAUAAGACAGCCAACUCUAAACCUAGCUUCGAUCGCAACCAGAAGCCGUCGUACAACCGCACUGAUUCCCUACUGGCGGGCUCUCUGCGCAUAGUAAACGUGCCCGGGGACACGAUGGAGGUGUUCCUGAAACUGGCCCAUGCCAACACCUCGAAAAACAUCGAGACUUGCGGAGUAUUGGCUGGUCAUCUGUCCCAGAACCAGCUGAACAUCACGCACAUCAUCACGCCGCAGCAGCAAGGAACUCCGGAUAGCUGCAAUACUAUGCACGAGGAGCAGAUAUUCGAUGUGCAGGAUCAGAUGCAGCUGAUUACGCUGGGAUGGAUUCAUACCCAUCCCACUCAGACUGCGUUUUUGUCCUCCGUUGACCUGCAUACGCACUGCUCGUAUCAGAUCAUGAUGCCCGAAGCCUUGGCUAUUGUGUGCGCCCCAAAGUACAAUACCACUGGUUUCUUUAUACUAACGCCCCAUUACGGGCUCGACUACAUUGCCCAGUGUCGUCAGUCGGGCUUUCAUCCGCAUCCCAAUGACCCGCCGCUGUUCAUGGAGGCGCAGCACAUCCGGAUGGACAACCAGGCCAAGAUAAAGGUCAUCGAUCUGCGGAGACAGUCACUCGAAAGCCAAAUUCAGCAGAUUCAGCUAUAGCUCCAGUUUCGGGUGUCAAACAGUGAUUAACCAUGGAAAUUACAGAGAUUUAGGCAGAUAGAGACAGACUAACUAUUUUCGGCAAACAGAGAGAUAUGUAUUUUUGCAAGCUGUUGAUCCCGAGGAUCAUCUAUACAUCACUUUAAGCACUCGGCGGCAUUUGUUGUUGUUUAUUGCGUUCCGGCCUUUCCGUUCGUUGCAUUCUUUCACUUAAGAACCCCCAAUGUGAUUUUCAAUUGUGGCUUACCCCUGCGUUCGUUACUAUCUAUUAUAAACCUAUAUUUAUAUGUUAGGCAGUUGUUGGAGGGGGAACCCCCGGCACUCUCACACACAGCUUACAGUGCAAACUAUUCGGGGCGCUCCGAAAAAGAGUUGCGUCCUUCUAUGGCUUACUACUUGCGAUAACCUGUUGUUCAAAGACGAAUCAUCAUGAAAUGCUAUUAUAAAACUGUGCAUGCUUACUAUUGUACUAAACUGAAUAAAUAUUUAUGACUACUGGUUUA